AUGAUUGGUAUAAAGUUCUUUAUUGAUGCAUUGAAAAUAUCCUCCAUAAAGAGAUGUUUUAAGAAUGAAAGUUAUAAUAACCCGUGUAAUGUUCCCAUCGGACAACUUGCAAGUAUUGAGGAUUUCUUGUCUGAUCAGAUAUUUUAUGAUAACAAUAUUGUUAUUGAUAAGAAAACUAUUUUUUAUGAAGGGUGGUUUCAAAGGGGUAUCUUUCAAAUUUGUGAUCUUGUCGAUGAAAAUGGCAGUUAUCUGUCUCUGUGUGGUCUUGACUGGAACUGUAUUUUUCUAAAAUCGUUUAAAUCAACACAAGACACCAAAUUGAGAUGGUUCCAGUACAGGAUACUCCAUAGAAUUUUAACUACCAAUACUUUUCUUUAAAAAAUUAAAAUAAAAGAUUCUGACUUAUGUUCAUUCUGUAAUGAAGAAAAGGAAUCUAUUUGUCACUUGUUAUGGGAAUCUUCUCAACGCGCAGCUCAGACAGCCAGUACAUCCCAGCGUGAGCAGUCAAGCGAAACACUCAAGAAGUAG